AUGCAAGAACUUCCAGAUUGCUUGUACGAGGGAAAGCAACCAACCUUAGUCACUCCAUCUUCUCCCACACUAAAUCACUCUCUCUACCUUUCCAACCUCGACGACCAUCAUUUUCUCAGAUUCUCUAUCAAGUACCUCUACCUUUUCCAAAAAUCUCUCUCCGCUCUAACCCUCAAAGAUUCUUUAUCUAGGGUUCUAGUCGAUUACUACCCGUUAGCUGGUCGGAUCAAGCUCUCCGAUGACGAGACCAAGCUCAAGGUUGACUGUAGUGGGGAGGGAGCAAUUUUUGCCGAAGCUUCCAUGGAUAUAACUUGUCAAGAGUUUCUUCAGAUGUCACGCAAACCAAACAACUCUUGGAGGAAGCUCUUGUUUAAGGUUGAAACUCGAGGUUUCUUGGAUAUCCCUCCUCUUCUCAUACAGGUAACGCAUCUUCGUUGCGGAGUUCCUACAUGCAUGGGCUCAUGCCAACACCACCAGUGCUCCUCUUCCGAUCCAACCGUUCCACUCUCGACACAUGUUAGCACCACGAGAUCCACCGCAUGUCACACACACUCACAUCCCGGUUUCACCCGAACAACCGUAGACAAAAACUCCACCACCUUCAGCAUUUGCAAGUAUUUACAGUCUCAACCACUUGUUCCUACCACUCUAACCUUCACACCAUCCAUUAUCCUACGCUUAAAGAAAACAUGCGCUGAUCCCUCUCUAGAAUGUACCACGUUCGAGGCACUAGCAGCUCACACGUGGUGCUCUUGGGCUCGAUCUCUUGGCUUUCCGUUGACCAUGCAGGUCAAACUUUUGUUCUCUGUCAAUAUGAGGAAAAAACUGACUCCACAACUUCCCCAAGGGUAUUAUGGUAAUGGAUUCGUGCUAGCUUGCGCCGAGAGCAAAGUGCAAGACCUAGUUAAUGGUAAUAUUUACCACCCGGUAAAAUUAAUACAAGACGCGAAAGCGAGAAUCACUGACGAAUAUGUAAGAUCAACAAUUGAUUUACUUGAGGAUAAAACGGUAAAAACAGAUGUCUCAAGCAGUUUGGUUAUUUCACAAUGGGCGAGAUUGGGACUAGAGGAGUUGAAUUUUGGAGAAGGAAAACCAAUGUAUAUGGGUUCUUUGGUGAGUAACAUCUACUGUUUAUUUUUACCAGUGGCGGGAAACUGUGAUGCCAUUAGGGUUCAGGUGUCGUUGCCGAAGGAUAUUUUGAGGAGGCUGGAGUAUUACAUGGUGAAUUUUCUUGACGAAAAAUGUAAGAUAGAAGCUAAAACUAUGGCAUAA